AUGUGGUCGAUAUUCUCACAGGACUUCUCAGACUUUGCCGAGGCGUUCAAGUCCGAGUCAGCGAGGUUUAUAGACUAUGUCGAGCAGAUCGCGUUCAACGUCGUGGGCCGCGGCGACAUCUACGCCGGCGACGAGAUUCUUGGCAAGGCAGUCACGGAAAUGCCACUAUCAAAUAGUUUGCUGCGCCGCCUGCAGGACACAGAGGCCACGUAUGCGCUAGUUAUUCAGCCGGAAGAGAAGGCAGCGUUUGACGCUUGGGUAAAGGGAAGCCCACUGAGCAGCGCGAACGCGCUCCACCGCCAGCAAAACAUGGCGGCAGGCAGCCCCACCAGCAAACCAGAGGGGGGAUCGCCUGCUGCAACGCCGGAGCAGCUUUCGCCGCUCGGCAAGAUGCCAGACCGCCGUUCCGCCGAGUACCCCGAUGAGCCAAUCAGCGAGACACGCAAGCGACUGCUGGACUACAACGAGGUCGUGCUGCAGUGGUACAUGUUGCUUGUGGGCGACGCAGUGAGUCCGCGUUUCAGCGUCUCGGGGUCGCCGGUCGCGAAGCGGUUGCAGAUGGACCCACCCUUCGCUUUGAAGUUUGGAGAGGGUGAGGGCAAGAGCCCCGUGUCGGCUGUCACAAGUGGAGAGCAACCACGUGUUUCAUCCCCUUCCUCGGCGCUGACGCCAAAGCACGGCCGCAUUGAUGAGGACGAGUUCUUUGACCGCUACUUUUUCCGCUUAGCGCAGCUUCGUGUGUUGGAGUCGCAGCGCCGCCGCGCGGCUCUCGCCAGAAAGACCUCCGGGGGCACUUCGGCGGCGGUAUCGCAGAUGCCUCCGACGUCCCCUACAACGCCGUCGCCCUCACCGCUGGCGAACGACCGGAGUCCUCAGAGCGCCGACGUGAAAGACUUUGCCGUCGUGCCGCUGUUUGCGAAGCGCAUGAUGACGGCAACCAGCGACUUCGUGACGGGUAUCGACAAUGCGCUGAACAGCGGCGUCGAGGGUGAGGUGGCGGACGAGUUCAGUGGGGAUGAGGCCAACGUGAGCCCAACUGAUCUCGUACACUACCGCAGCGCGAGGCGGCAGGUCGCGGACCUUGAGUCGAUGGUACAGGAGCUGCAGGAGGCGCUUCGUCAGGAGCGGCGACGCGUUGAGCAGCUCACGAGUGCGUUGGAGGAGCAAGGGAUCGAGGUGCCAGCACGGCUCAUGGCACCGGCACCGUUCUCGGCUGCGGCAACUCCAGCAAAAAAGACGGAGAUGACCUUGGUGACAGUGCCGACGCCUGCUCCCCAAAUCGAUCUGGUCCUUGCCAGUCCAUAUGGCACUGCCGCUGCGGCAUCUUCCAUCAGCGGAGGGGCGCCGGCUACGCCGUUAGUUGCCAUCCCAGAGACACCGCCCCUAGAUAACGAGAAAGCCAGAGGGGACACCUCUUCUACGCAGAGCACCAGUGGGGACAUGAUCUCUGCGGUCAUAGAGGACGAAACCUGGGUAUGCAUAACUCCAGGGGCCGAGUAG